CUUUCUUCCAUUAUAGUUGGUUGGGGAGUGGAGUGGAGCAACAGUAUAGUUAGAUCGACAUUUCAACAAACAAACACCUCAUCUUCAUCUUCAUCUUUAUAUAUAGCUGCUGCAAAAGGGGACGACGACGAGGAGUGUUACAUACAUGACCAUGGGCUCGUAUGAGAAACUUUCAAGCCGAAUACUGCAAACCGAUGUUCCAGUUAUGGUUAAGUUAGCUGAGCUCAGUAAGACCGUUAAAGAUGCGAUGCCUCUUGGCCAGGGUGCAGUUUACUGGCAACCACCUGAGCAAGCCUUGGAGAAUGUUAAACAAUUGGCAUUCGAGUCAUCAACGAGUCGAUACGGUACUCAUGAAGGUCUUCCCGAGUUAAUACAUGCAUUAAAUAACAAGAUUCAAGAGGAAAACAAGCUUUCUAAAUCCUUGGUCAUGGUUACAGCUGGAUCAAACCAGGGAUUCUUGAAUCUGGUUCUUGCAUUAUGUGAUGUAAAUGACUCCGUGGUCUUAUUUGCACCAUACUUCUUUAACGCCUAUAUGACAUUCAAUAUGACUGCCAUCAACACCAUACUUGUCGGUCCCUCUCAUUCUGCAACCCUUCUUCCAGAUAUAGAAUGGUUAGAGAAGACUCUAGCAACCACCAAACCGGUCCCCAAGCUCGUCUCCAUCGUCAAUCCAGGGAACCCGUCAGGCGUCUGCAUCCCGCAAACUCUACUCAACAGAAUCUCGGAGAUCUGCGAGAAAGCCGAGACUUGGCUUGUUGUAGACAAUGCAUAUGAAUACUUCGUAUAUGGAGGUUUCCAGCAUUCGUGCGUUGAAGGUAACCAUGUUAUCAAUCUCUUCUCCUUCUCCAAAGCCUACGGCAUGAUGGGAUGGAGAGUAGGUUACAUAGCUUACUCAUCUGAGGCAGAAGGACUCAGAACACAGCUACUCAAGACGCAAGACAACGUAGCAAUUUGCGCUUCUAUCAUGUCGCAGAAAAUCGCGCUCCUCUGUUUGAAAGCUGGACGAGAAUGGGUGAGUCGCCGAGUCGAAAUCCUGUGUAGAAACAAGAAUCUGGUGAUCGACGCUCUGUCGGGUCUCGGAAAGGAUGCGGUGAAAGGCGGAGAGGGGGCGAUUUUCUUGUGGGUGAAACUGCCGGAAAACUGUUCGGAGGACUUUGAAGUUGUUUGCUGGUUUGCUAAGAGACACGGUUUGUUGCUCCUACCCGGAAGUGCUUGCGGCGUAAAAGGUUGUGUAAGGAUAACGUAUGGAAUGUUGACAGAAGAUGACUGUGUUCAUGCUGCAACAAGACUCAAGAAAGGAGUUGAGGAACUACUCAGAGAUGGCAUCCAUGCCCCUUGUUCUUGACUAAAGGUCAAUUUUUCAUGUGUUUCUUUUCAUUAAUUUAUGCCAUUACAAGUAACUUGUACCAAGAUUCAGGUUUGAUUGUAAAAUCAAACCCACCCUGAUUUGAAUGGGGUU